AUGGUGGUGCCGUGGGCCGCAGCCGGCCCUUGGGCGGCCUCCAUCGCGACCGCGUGGCUCUCGCGCUGUCCCGCGUGCCCGGAGGCCCGCGUGGCGUGCGGGGCCUGCCCUGUGUGCCCUCCAGCGGCGGCCGCCGCCCCCUGCCCGGGCUGCCCGAGCUGCCCGGGCUGCAGCUUGACCUGCGGGACCGGGCCAGGCUGGUGGGCGGUCCUGGCCGCCCUGGCCGCUGGCCUCGCGGGCGGAGGCAGCCUCCGCGUGGUGCUGGGCUGGGCCGCCCGGGCCGCCUCGCUCUUCGUCGGGAGGACCGACCUGCCGCGGCGCGAGGGUGCGGCGCCCGUGGGCCUGCUCGUCGAGGACGACGGAGCGGGCCAGGUGUGCGCGAGCUACGACGACGACGAGAACCUUCGGAGGCACCACAGGGAGCUCCUCAAGCAGCUCUGCCCUGGCGUCUGGGUGCCGACGACUCCCGAUGGCGAGGUGCUGACGCUGGACCUCAGCAAGCACCUGGUCGGCCCCCUACGCCGGGCGUCCCCGUUCCCGGCCUGGGUUCGGGGGCAGGUCUACGCGUUCGGCGAUCAGUCGAACGAGGACAUCGAGGCGCUGCGGGAGGAGGCGCGCGGCCUCGCCCUGGCCAUGGGCGUCUCUGCCCCGGCUGGGGCUGCUGGCGGCGUCGUGCCGCGCUGGAUCGUCUCGGACCCAGGCUCGCCCGAGUUCUGGCGCGAGCUGGACCUCCACCUCAUUGGGAACCCGGAGCGGCUGAUCAGUCGCGACGCUGUGGGCAUUGCGUUGCUCAGCGAGGAGGAGGGGCGGGUCUCGGUCGAGGGCGCACAGCAGGCCGACGAGGAGGGCCGGCGCGGGGAGAAGCGCCGAGGCCCGGGGCGCGACCCGGGGAUCCUCCCGCUGGCGCGGCGGGCUCGCGGGGGCCAGGUGACGCUCGGGGAGGCGAUCGCGAGGAUGAACGCGGUCGACUUUGGCGACUGGCCGUCCUGGGGGUCGAGGGCCCUGCCCGAGCUGCUGGCCGCCAUCCUUGUCACGGGGCUGACCCUCACUUCCUACUGGGGGUACUGGGUCUCGGAGUCACGUGUGUCGCGGAACGCCGUGGUGGCCCAGGAGGUGCGGCACGCGUUGAACCAGCUGCACCACGCCGCGACCUACGACCUCGUGGACCCGUCGAACCUGGCGUCUCUGGAGCUCCUGGGGCGCCGGGUGCUGCAGAUCCAGCGGGCGGUGAAGAGGUGCCCGCGCCACCUGAGCUUCGAGGGCCUCGACCUGACGCCGAUCAGCUCCUUGGACGAGAGCAGAGGCGUCGCGACGUCGAAGUUCGACGCGUUCGUGGCCAAGGGGCAGGAGGCGCAGGGCAUCAUUCUGAAGGAGGAACAGAUGUACCGGGUGGAGCAGGUGUCGGAGGCGAAGAAGUACGAGAGGCAGGGCGACGACAGGGAGAGGGACCCCAGGGCGGACCCGAAGGGCAAGGUGAAGCCGAUGCCCAAGGCCGCCGUGAAGGAGUCGGUCAUCAAGCGAGUCCGACGUCGUGUUCGCGGCUUCGGCGACCGACCGAAAGACAUGGACUGUGCUGGAGCCCUGCAGGAGCUCCUCAAGUGCAAGGAUCUGUACUCGAACAUGGGCGAGGCUUCUACUCGCCGCGACUAUGAUGCUGACAAGCUCAAUGUGUUACGACGUGCGCCACAUGACCGGCCUCGUCAGCUUCGAGACGUCGCCCCUCGGCACGUCACCGAGGCGCUGGACCACUUCAACUCGGACGUCGUUCGGCCCACGCCGAGCAUCCCCGAGGACGAGGUCAUCGUGGAGCCCUACUGGGAUCCUCUCCUCAACCCGCGCGACCCUCGGAACCGACCACGCCUCGUCGACUUCCUUCGACGACUUGCCGCACGGGGCUUGGUGGAUGGCCGGGCGCGUCGGAAGGCGUGCGUCAGUACUUUCUUCGUGGCCAAGAAGAACGGCGACAUCCGCAUGGUCGUGGACGCUCGUCAGCCCAACCAGCUGCACAAGCUCCCCCCUCGGACUGUGCUGGCAUCCGGUGAGGCGCUGGGCUCGAUCAACUUGCUCGACGCCGUCGGUGCGAGCCCCGAGGACUUGGCGGAUUUCGAUGGCUGCUACGAGUCGCUCUGCGCAGGCUCCGUGGACCUCAUGGACGGGUUCUACCAGUUCGCCGACCCCUCGUGGGGAAGCUGGAUGUGCUUCGACGUGGAGGUCACCGCCGACGAGCUCGGGCUCGACUCGAUCUACGACGAGAAGCUCGGGCGGCGCGUGGCUGUGUCAGGCGACGACGUCAUCUGGCCCUGCUUCGCGGCGUUGCCCAUGGGCUGGAGCUGGGCGCUCUGGAUCUGCCACGAGGUUCUCGUCGACGCGAUGGACGAGGCGGGCCUCCCAGGCGACGGCUGGUGCCUUGACAAAGCCCGUGCGCCGACUCUCGUCGGACAGGCUGUCGUCAGGGCGCCGUACGUCGACAACGGGAAUCUUGUCGCGCUCAGCGCGCCGGCGCUCAACGACCGGCUGGACAAGCUCACUGCUGAACUGGAUCGUCGUGGGCUUCGCUGGCACGAGCUCGAGCGCGCGCAGCCCGGCCUUGUCAUUUUGGGGCUGGUGCUCGACGGGCGCGAGGGCCGACUCAGGCAUACUGCCAAGCGUGCCUGGAGGCUCUACCUGGCUCUGCACCACGUGCUUCGGACGCCAUGGCUCGCCCGCUGGCAGCUACGGCGGAUCGUCGGCCACCUGGUCCACUACUUUUCCGUCGUGCGCCCCGGGCUCAGCGUGCUGGGGUCCUGCUACACGUUCAUCGGAGACGGCGACCUGUCCCCUGUCGUGCGCUUGCCUGGAGAUGUUCUCGGUGAGCUCGCAGUGGCUGCAGGCCUCGUCUUCCUCGGCGAGGUGGACCUGUGCCGCGUGCCGUCCGACGUCGCCUUCACGACCGACAGCUCGCUGCGAGGCUACGCCGUCUGUGAAGCCCGACUGGAGCCGUGGGAGGUACUGGCGGCCACCAGAUGGCGCGAGCGCCAGCGGUUCGUUGCCACCGAGCCCGAGGUCGCGCCCGACGACGAGCAUUACGAAGGGCGGGCCGCCGGCUUUUGCGACAUCUCCGGGCCACUGCCCGUCGAGGUGCCGCCCCGGCUGCGGCACGCCGUGGCGCCGGGCGACGUCAACUUCCACGGGAAGGAGAUCCUCAGCCUGUGCGACAACAUGUCGUCGGUCCUCGCCUUUGAGAAGGGCAGGGCCACCAAUUUUGAGCUCCUGGCGCAGUGCCGCCGGGCUGCGGCUGUCUGCCUCGGGUGCGAGAUCCGCUGGCGCCCGAGGCACGUGCCAGGCAUGCACAACGUCGCGGACCACGGGAGCCGGGCGGCCGACCGUGGGGAGCUCCUCGCGGGACGCUACCGCGGACGAGGCGCCCUGUCGACGCCCACCAGCGGCUGCCGCCGUUCUCCCGUGGUCCCGCCUGCCGCGGGCAGGGCCGAGGCCCCGCCGACCGCGGUCAUCGAGUUUCAGAUCGGACGAGAGCAGCACGCCCCAACGACCGACCCCGACAAGACCAACCUGAGCAUGUUCGAUGCCUCCCUGCUGCACUCGAGCCUCCUGGAGUUCCUCUACGGGGCCCACGUGUACAUCUUGGAACACGCGAAGGUCCUCAACCGGACCCUCCUGAGCGCCCUCGGCCUCCUGAAGUUCUUCAACAGGGCCCACCUGUACACCUUGGGCCACACGAAGAGCCUCAACGGGCACCGGCUGAGCGCCCUCGGCCUCCUGAAGUGGGUGCCCGUUGGGGGCACCCGCGAUCCAUUGCCGGCAGACCGCGCGCUCGUGGCGUUCACAGUCCGUGCCUUACGGCUCUGCCGAACCCUCGGGAUCUUCGUCACCUUCGAGAACCCGCCUGCGAGCCGAGUCUGGAAGUGGCCCGCGUUGCAGCGCGAGCUGCAGCGCCUUGCCUGGCCGAAGGUGCUGUUUGACUCGUGCAGGUUUGGCGCGCCCUUCAAGAAGCCAGGUGCGAUCGCCGGGAGCCUUCCUGGGCUGGGUCAUUUUGCACUGCGCUGCUGCUGUGCUGGUCGCCACAGGGUCGAGCUGCAAGGCAAGGUCCGACAUCCGACGCGAGGUUGGACGUGGCGUGCGACUUUGGCCGGUGCUUACCCACCCAGCUGGUGCCGCCUGCUGGUCUCGUUGGCUGGCCCAGACGCCCCUCAGAGUGCUUUCGGGCGCUCGACCCAGGAUGACCUCCAGGCUUGGGCUCACGCGCUGGCAAGCACGGCCGGGGUCGCCGAGCCUCGCGGCGCGCAGGCCGAGGCCAACGUGACCCUGUCCCCCGCCCAGUGGCCGUGGCCGCCCGGCGCCGCCGAGCGCAGGCUGCCGCGCGUGGAGACGUCGCUGCCAGUCAGCGGCAAGCCAACCCGGGGGGAGUACCUCCGCCUGGCCUCGCUGCAGCCAUCCACAGUCGACAGCUACACUUCCGCCGUGAUCGGGCUGACCGACUACGCCAAUCGCCGAAGCCUGCUGCUGGCCACGCCGGAGCUCACAAACGAGACGCUCGACUUGUGCUUCGGAAACUCGUUCUUUAGAGAGCCGCCACAGUGCGAGGCCGUCCAACUGACCUGCGACGACAAGCCAUAG